AUGACAAACACCUCCUACAUGCUCACCAUAGUUGAUGAUUAUACCAGAGCCACCUGGAUUUACCUGAUGAGAUACAAGGCAGAAACAGUCAUUAAUGUUAGGGAUUUUCUGAGAAUGGUGGAAGUUCAGUUUGGAGUUAAAGUUAAGCAGAUAAGAACAGAUAAUGGGGGAGAGUUUGUUAAUAAAGAAAUGGAAAUGUUGUUGAAUGAUAAUGGAAUAAUACACCAAAGGACUUGUUCUUAUACUCCACAACAAAAUGGUGUUGUGGAGAGAAAACACAGGUCCAUUCUUGAGGUGGCAAGAUCAUUGGCUUUCCAGUGA